AUGAGUAAAAAACAAUACUGUACGGACGAAGAGUUGCGAAGAAUAUUAGAAGAGAGUGAUUACGAACAAAAUAGCCAGUCAAAUUCGUCGGAUGAAGAAGAAAAUGAUACCGACGGCCGUAGUGAUGUGCCUGAUUUUCACGAUGAUGAUAGUGUAGCCGAUCCCGAUUUUAUUCCUCAUGAUUUGUCACCUGACCGAUCAAGUCUACGAAAUAUAAAUAUUCAGCAUUCGAUUGAACAACAUAUGAAUAAUGAUAUUUUUGAAAGUACGGUGACAUCUCAUCCGUCGACGUCUCGUAACUCUAAUGACACUUCACAACAAAUCCAAAUAACCGCACCACCUGAUUCCGAUUCUGACGACGACGGAGACAUUGAAAUGAAUGCAGCUCUAACUGGCACAAUACCACCUACAGAGCGUCGAAUGAAAGAACAUGAUGAGGAAAAUGGAUGGAGUUACGACAUUCAGCCAUUAGUUCGUCAAAUUUUUAGUAACUCAGAAAACUUUAUACAAACUGAAAACAUUCCAGAAAAUGCAGAUGUGUUUACAAUUUUUCGUCUUUUGGUUGAUGGCAAUUUAUUUGACCUUGUGAUUGAACAAACCAAUCUGUACGCUGAACAACUGAUUGCUAAUAAUUCUGGAGGUCGUUUGAGCCGCUGGAGACCGGUAAACAAGGAAGAAAUGGAAAAAUUUAUGGGCAUUUACUUGCUGACUGCAAUUUUACGCUGCUGGCAUUUCGUCGACAAUACAAUUGAAAGAGAUGUCAAUAAUCGCUUGUAUAAAAUCCAACCAGUUAUAGACAUUGUAAUGAGAAACUGCAGGAAGUUGCUUUCGCCAAAAGACUGCGUUGUUGUGGAUGAAUCUAUGGUUCCCUUUCAAGGCCGACUGCUGAUUCGUCCGUAUAAUCCAAACAAAACUCACAAGUAUGGACUCAAGAUCUACAAAGUCACAACUGAUGAUGGUAUGUCGUACGAAAGGGAACAGCAUCGUCUAGAAUCGCUUCUUCAUGAACUGUUUGAUGACGACAGACCAUCAAUGUCUUCAGACAGUGAAGCUGGAAGUGACAUCGAACUGGAGAAUCCUUCACCAAACGACAUACAGGAUUCAAACAGCGAAGAGGAGCUAAGUGACCGAGAAGCUUCAGGUAACAACAGCGCCUUUUAUUUAGGAAAGGAUAAAAGUACGAAAUGGAGCAAAGAACCUCACCGCCAGUCUGUCCGUACUAGAGGUUUCAAUAUAAUAACUCAGUUACCAGGACCUAAACGAGUUAUAUCUAGUGAAAAGGACCCUCUUGGAAUUUGGAGACACUUCUUUGACGAUACUAUAAUUAAGAUUAUUGUCGAAUAUACCAACCAAUACAUUGCUUCCGUGAAAGAUAAUUAUGCUAGAGAAACAUAUGCAAAACAAACUGAUUUCAACGAGGUGAUACAUACAGCUAACAACCAAAAUUCCAAAAUGAAACGUCGUCAAUUCAUUGAGACUUUGGCUAUGAAAUUAAUUGAACCCCACAUAAGAGAACGACAGAUGCACUUGCACCUGCCGCGGUCAAUAAGACAAAGACUGUCUGAAAUAUUGAAGAUAGAUGAGGUACCUGGAACGGCUGGUCCAUCACGAAAUGGCCGGUGCUUUGUAUGUGGAUGGAAAAAAAAUAGAAAGACCAAAUACACUUGCCACAAGUACAAGAAACAUUUGUGUCUUGAGCACGUAGUGCCUUAUUGCAGUAUUUGCUUGACUGAAGAAUAG